AUGACAAUUGGCGACCGAGGAACAUCUACAGGCUCUUGGAUUGGUGGACAGAGGGAACUGGCAUCAUACAGAAUACACGAAAGACGUGGUGUCGUUGCAAUUACAAAUGAACAUCGAUCAUCACAGACUUGCGUGUCUUGUUAUCAAAAGGUGGUGCGACCAAAACGAACUGUGGUGAAGGAUGGCAAGCAAUAUAUCAAAAAUAACGAUGGUACCUCACUCUGCGUCAACCCAAGGUGCAUAGCUGUGAAAAAAGGGAAGGAUGUACAAGGUAGCGAUCGAAUGGCGUCUGUGGCAAUUUGUUUGGCUGGAGUUCAUGGAAUCAAGACUGGUCAAGCACUUCCUCCUUUCUCUCCAAAAAACAGUACAAAGACUGGAACUCAACUUUUACACCAAGAUACCAUCUUUGAAGAUGAAACCUUUGGAAACCUCGCAAGGGGUGGAUUAAACUUAGUUUGUUUAUUACGAAAUUAAAUAAAUAUAUAUUUUGAUGACUUUUAGGGGGAUGGAUUUGAUAAUAUAAAGGAUGAUUAUAUGUGUGAUAGGAGAUGAAUGGUAUUGUAAUCUACAAGGGGAGACAAAAAGAAGGAGAAGUAAAUAUGUACAAGACAAAAAAAAAAAAAAAAAAAAAAA